CUGGACCUGGAUGCGUGCUGGAGGAACGUGUUCACAAUAACAAAAUAAAAACACACUCACCCGGACAAGAGCGGAGGAUAAAGAUGCUCUCGGCCUCGGUUAACAUGAUUCAUUUGGGCGACCGGAGAGUUUGGUCAAUGUGACAUUGCUUGAGCUUUGUGUUCUGGUCCCGGACGCAGACCAUUGAUCGUGCAUUGAGAAGAUGUUGAGUCGGCUGAUGAGUGCCAGCGUCAGAAACCUUGAGAGAGAAUACAUGUGUACCGUCAGACUGCUGGAUGAUACGGAGUAUACCUGCACCAUUCAGAGGGAUGCUAAAGGCCAGUAUUUAUUUGACCUCAUCUGCCACCAUCUAAACCUGCUGGAGAAGGACUAUUUUGGCAUUAGAUAUGUGGAUCCAGAUAAGCAACGGCACUGGCUGGAGGUUACCAAGUCAAUUUCUAAGCAGAUGAAAUCACAACCUCCGUUCACCAUGUGUCUGCGGGUGAAGUUCUACCCACCAGAUCCUGCUGCUCUAAAGGAGGAGAUCACCAGGUACCUCGUCUUCCUGCAGAUCAAGAGAGAUCUGUACCACGGUCGUCUCCUUUGCAAAACCUCUGAUGCGGCCAUGUUGGCGGCUUACAUCUUACAAGCUGAGAUAGGAGACUAUGACCCAGGAAAGCAUCCAGAGGGCUACAGCUCCAAGUUCCAGUUCUUCCCCAAGCACUCAGAGAAGCUGGAGCGAAAUAUUGCAGAGAUUCACAAGACAGAGUUAAUAGGUCAGACUCCAGAAACAGCAGAACUGAAGUUCCUGCAGAAAGCACAAAUGCUUGAAACAUACGGUGUGGAUCCUCAUCCGUGCAAGGAUGUUUCUGGGAACCCAGCUUUCCUUGCCUUCACUCCGUUCGGUUUUGUUGUACUUCAAGGGAACAAGAGAGUCCAUUUCCUCAAAUGGAACGAGGUGACCAAACUGAAGUUUGAGGGAAAGACAUUCCAUAUAUAUGCAAAUCAGAAGGAGGACAAAAAGAUCAUCUUGACAUACUUUGCACCAACACCAGAGGCCUGCAAGCACCUUUGGAAAUGCGGUGUUGAAAAUCAAGCCUUCUACAAGUUGGAGAAGUCGAGCCAGGUUCGCACGGUGUCCAGCAGUAACCUGUUCUUCAAGGGCAGUCGUUUCCGCUACAGUGGAAGAGUAGCCAAAGAGGUCAUGGAGCAUAGUGCAAAAAUUAAACGGGAACCUCCAGAAAUACACAGAGCUGGCCUGGUGCCUAGCAGAAGCUGUCCGUCCAUCACUCAUGGGCCACGACUUAGCAGUGUACCGCGCACCCGCCGGAGAGCCGUACACAUAUCCAUCAUGGAAGGCUUGGAAUCCUUACGGGAUAGUGCGCACUCCACUCCCGUGCGCUCGGUGUCCCAUGGCGAAUCCUUCAUCCCACGUUCGCGUAGUCAGGUUACGGAUUCCGGUGACAGGACAGCAGUCAUCUCGGACGAGACCUACAGUCCAUCAGACAGUGUGCUGCCAACGCCAGUGGCCGAGCACAGCCUGGAGCUGGCUGUCUCACGACAGAUAAAUGGCGCCCCCUGCAGCAUAGAGGAGGAGAAAGAGUCGGAGGCGGGAACGCCCAGUGUGGGCAAUGUGGCCGAGUUGGGAGCGGACAGUCGGGUGGCAGCCCCCUUGAGGGGAGGUGGGGAGGCCGCGCUCAGCGAGGCGGAACAGGUGAAUAAGUUUGUUUUAAGUGUACUCCGUCUGCUCCUUGUGACCAUUGGACUCCUCUUUGUCUUGCUCCUCCUCCUCAUCAUCCUUACUGAGUCCGACCUUGACAUUGCAUUUUUACGUGAUAUCCGCCAGACCCCCGAGUUUGAGCAGUUCCAUUACGAAUAUUUUUGUCCCCUCAGACGGUGGUUUGCCUGCAAGCUCCGCUGGGUGGGCGGGCUGCUCAUUAACAAGUGAAAGUGAGGCAAUAAAGCACGUAAAGCCUCCCUCGUGGGGUUGAGAAGAAGCUAAACACAUGGAGAGAGAGAGAGAGAGAGAGAGAGAGAGACGGAGGGCACCGACCUGUCCCAACCAUGAACCCAGCUUCUUUUAUGAUACUCCUGCUGACUUGUGGUGGACCAUCAGUCCCACAGCUCCUCUUCUCAUCCACUUUCAGUUCUUUCUCCCCUUUUUCUCUUUUUGCAUUUUUACACAUUUUUGACCUUCCUCUUUUACUUUAUUAUUAUUAUUAUUAAUUUUUUUUACAAAAACUUUUCAUUACUUUACAAUUUUUUCUGGAUUUCAGGUCAUUUCAAGUAUUUUAUUUUUUCAAAAAAAUAAAAAAUAAAUAAAAAUUAAAUUUAAAGAACUGAAUUAUAUUGUUAAAUAGGGAUGAAAUAUUUAGUUGCAACAAGAGAACGUUGCUUUCAUUUAUAUUUAUUUUACAAUAAUGAUUAUUAAAGUCUCUAAGAAUGUGAUGUAUUAAGUGCAGUAAGAUGGCAAGGCUUGUUGGCACAGUAUGGUAGGACUGGAAAGCAGGAGAAUCUGAAAAAUGGUGGAAAAUGGAGUUUAUGCAUAAUUCAUAUCCAUCAUUAAUCCAUCAUUUAACUCUUAGUAAUUUUCUGAAGGCUGCUAUAAUUUACCAAAUUGAUGAUCAGAUCAGAAGAGGGUUACUGUAUAUGUAAUGUAAGAAUGAGCAAGUUAUUUCAGAAGUGAGACUGGAGGCAAGUGUGAAAAAAUGUUUAAUUGAAUAAAAACGAUGGGUACUUUUGAGUUCUGUGUUCGGUGACUUGAUUCUUAGGGUGUCAAAUAUGUUUUAAAAAUAUACUAAUUGUGUAGGCGGUAGGAAGCUGUGAAGUAGAAAUAAUUUUAAAAGGUUCUUUCUAAUGGAUACAGAAAAAUUAAUCGGUAUAAAUUGUGUACUGUCAUGUGACCCAAUAGUGUCAAUAUCUGUUAAAGUAUUCAUGGUUGAUUUAAAAGCAACUAGCACCAAUAGAACCUGUCUAGAUAGAUGUGCAAUACUGUAAGGUUUUGAUUUAAAGAAACAAGUACAUCCAUUUAUUGAUUUUCCUGAGGAUGUGCAUUUAUUAUUAUUAUUAUUAUUAUUAUUAUUAUUAUUAUUAAUUUCAUUCAUCCUGAGUCUUUCUAAAUCGAAAGAUGUCCCAUUAUAUAAAUAAUUUUUUUUUUUUUUUUUUUAAUUCCAUAUCAACCUUGCUCUUAAGUUUGUACUAUGUGGAUACCAUGCUAUAAUUACUCUUCAUUACAAUAACAAUGCUGUACUUUUUGUACAAAAGUAGUUAGUUUCCUAAUAUAUUGACAGUUUUCCAUGUAUAUUUUAACAAAACAGAAAUGUUAUUUUGUUAUUAAAGAUUAAAUUAUACCUUUUUUAGCUCUGUGUUUCAGAUGAGGUCUAGAAUUUAUGGUGUUUCUGCCAAGGGAGACAUAAGAAAGAUUUUUAUCCAGAUCCACAACACAUGUCCAAUUCUGUCACUUAACCAGCAAUGAGUAAACUGUAUCGAGUUUGGAUGUCCCUGUGCUUUGUAUAUUGGUAAAGACCCUGCAUUUAAGCAAUAUUGAUUGCUUUACACUCAGUUUAGCCAAAAGGCUGCCUGUGUAUGUUUGUGUAUGUGCUCUUUUUUUUUUUCUUUUUUUUUUUACAAUCAGUGUUACUGGCAAUAUGUACCUGAAGUCCAGGAUUAGUCUUUAGUACACCAUAUCCUGAUUUGUCUAUGAUGUAUUUAGUAAUUUAUUUGAAGACAGAAAUUAUUCUUCCAGUGACAUGCCAGUUGGACAGGGAUUGUUUAUUUCUGCAAAUACAAGAUUAUCUUAUGUCUGCCCCUUUGAAAGUGCUAUUGUUUUUGUGUGUGUAUGGGAAAGAGAAAAACUGAGAAUACUGAACACACAAGAAAAGACUUAAUAUUUUUGUGUAGAGUGAAAGAGACUGGGAUUGAGAAACAAGGAAUGCAUAGGCAGUGGUAAUGACAGUAGUAAAGAUGUUGGAAGGGUGAUGAUAUUUUAGGGCUUACAUUGGAAUUCACACUACAAUAAAUUACAAUAAUUGUCACAGCAGCUUUUGCCUUUAGUAUUAGUUUUUGGCAGCUCACACAGAUUGGUUGUACUCUUCUGGUAUGGUUAUUUAAAAUUAGCAUACCUCUUUCCACCAAAUGCAACAAAUGAUUAGCUACCUUCUGAGAAAUUACCACGGUGUAAAUCUGCAAUCAACAGUGGCUGAAAUGUGUUUUAGGAAGGGGCUGUGUUUAGCCAGACUGCAAUACUGCUAAUCAGCCAGCUAAUGUGUUUGAUUAGUAUUUGAUAACCUAUUUCACCUAAAACAAACAUGAGAUGCAUGGAACACUGUUGCAACAAAUUGUAUGAAACCUCUAACCCAUGGAAAACACGGAUAAGGUGUAGUUAAAUUCUAGGAAGGAAUUUGAGAGGCAUUAGAGUUAUGCAUGUCUCUUACUUUGAAGUAUCCAUGCAUGCAUUUUUAACAUCUCUGAUGUUCCAAAUUAUUAAUAGCAUUGUGGUGGCUUAGGUCUAUUUACAUUUUUUUGGAGAACUUGAUUAAAGGGUUGUUUUCAUAGUACAACAAGACAACAGUUGCUACUAGCAUACCAUUGAGGUUGGAUAUUAUUGAUUUAGAAAAUCAAAUUAAAGGGUUAGUUCACCCAAAAAUGAAAAUUCUCUUAUCAUUUACUCACCCUCAUGCAAUCCCAGAUGUUUAUGACUUUCUUUCUAAUGCUGAACACAAAGAUUUUAAAAUAAAAUAAAAAGAUUUCAAAAAUUAAGAGAAUAGAAGAUUUUAUUAAAUUUUACUCACUGACAGCAUUAUGUAGCCUCAGUCCUGCAUGUCAACACCAUUCAAUAAGCAAUAACCUGUUGAAUUAUCGAAAAGGAUGAGUGAUCUUUUUGAUUGUUUGUGCUGUUGUGUAGCAAGUCGGACUACCUGAUGAUCUGUAAGAAGUAAGGAACAAAUACAUUUAAUUUGAGUUAAAGACACAAAAUUGUUCAUUUUUUAUGAUGAUCAUUUCCAAAAAUUUGCUACAUUUUAUACUCAUUGUAACUACUUGUCAUUGUGUUUUGAUUCUGAACUUCCAGAGUUCUAUGGUUCUCUUUGUUCUUGAGGUGUUAUUGCACAAGUUCCACAGAGAAAAGCUGCAAGCUACACAGGCUCCUUCCUAGACACAUAGAUCAAGGGCAGUCACUACUUUGUGACCUUGUGAGCCUCUACUUUUGGCUCUAGAAAGUUUACAUAUACUAUACUAUAUGGCCAGGUUUGACUGUGACGAAUGCACUGGUCCUUUAAAGGACAGUUGUCAGCUAAAUUGGUUCAUCAUUUCAUUAGUCAACAAAAUGGGUUAUUUUAUAAGGUCUUUGUAAACCAGUAAAGGAUUUUUUAUGCUUAAGUGCUGCAAUGUUAAGCAUAGGAGGAGCUGCAUUGAUGUGGAGUUGAACACCUGCCAUUACACUUAUCAAAUGAAAAGUAGAUUUUCAGGAGUAUUACACUGCAGACAAAGUACUUCACUAGCUUAAAAUAUAUAGUCUGACACCAAGUACAAAAUGUUAUGGCUUCAAGUGAUCCAGCUCAAAUGUGAGCCUAUUAAAGAUGGUGGUUUUAACAUAAAAAAUGUGGUAGUUAAAUAUUGGUCUGCAAUUUUGAAAUCAUGUUAUUGACUGGCCACUGUUCUUUAAUUAAAACCUGUUGAUGUGCAUGCCCCCCCACCAGAACUGAUGUCACUUUGCUUAAAUGAGUUCACAUUUACUAUAUAGUCUAGUCAAAAUAAAGUUAAUGUUUAUUAUGAACAAUUUUGAACAGCACACUCUAUAAAUGUGAACUCAUUUAAGCAAAGUAAAGUCAGGGCCAUGGGUGGGGUCAAUGAGCUUCAACAGGUUUUUAAGAUGUUGAGCUGUAUUGUGACACACUGGUGAGUUGAGCAGGCAACUUAUUCCAAGCAAGGCCAAGGUUUUCUCUAGGUUCACAAAGGAGAUGCUUACAGAAGAUACAAGGGUUCAAAUGUACAAGAGCCACUUGUUCUGGCUCUGACACUCAAUGACAGCAUUAGACUGCAGCUGUGGGACCUCUCAGACCGCCUGGGUUUAUUGCUGAUCAUUAUUCUCUCAUUAAACCCAGGUACUUAUCAGAAUGAAUGCAUUGCUCCUUAUGUAGAUUCCCUAAUUAUUUGGAAAAAUCUGACUUUACGUGAACCUUUGCGGUCAUAUCCCAUGCCGCGCUAAAAUUCAAUAAAUAUUAGUGCCGUUAACGUUUAUCUUACUGUACUGUGCUUUUGUCACUCUGCCAACACCAUAUACAUGAACAUUUGUUUUUGCAUAGAUGUCUUUGGGCAUGUCUUUCUGUAAUCUGCAUCUGGACUGGAGGUUGACUUUUAGUUCCUUAUAUCAAAUAUAUAAAAAUGUAUGUGCCAAAUGCAGUUCCUGUUAAGUCAGAUUCAUUCCAAAAUCAUCUUUGUCCUGUAGGAAACCUUCCAUGCAAAAUGGUCAAAGAAAUUGUUUCACUGAUAAGUCUCUUGUAACUGGUGCCAUGGAAAUAUUCAAAAUUGAAAUAAACUUUCA